GCGGCGUGACUCAAUGCGCAGGCACCGGGGUGUAAAUAAUACGUGGCUUCUGAGGCUGGAGCAGCUCAGAAGAGAGAUGGCAACCGAGCGAGAGAUCUGCAGCUAACCCGGCUGCAUUUGCUCGCCCGGUAGGAAAGACGGAGGAAGAAGAGGCGGAUCAGGUGGGAAGGAUGAGUGCAUAUGCUGACAUUUAUGCAUCAAAGCAAGGACAUCAGGGUUCCACUGAAGGUGGUUACCAGCGCUAUGGAGUUCGCUCUUACCUGCAUCAGUUUUAUGAAGACUGCACAGGAUCCAUUUGGGAGUACGAUGAUGAUUUUCAGAUCCAGAGAUCACCCAACAAAUGGAGCUCUACAUUUUGGAAGGUUGGACUCAUCUCGGGGACAAUGUUUAUGCUGACAGGGAUCAUAGUUCUUAUAGUAGGGUUUCUAGUAACCCCCAAAAUUGAAGCCCUUGGAGUAGAAGAUUUUGUGGUAGUGGAUACCCAUGCUGUCCAAUUUAACAGAGCCCUUGAUGUGUGCAAGUUGGCAGGAGCAAUAUUAUUUUGCAUUGGAGGGACCACGAUGGCAGCCUGUUUACUUAUGUCUGCAUUUGCAAAAAGCUAUUCCAAAGAAGAAAAAUACCUGCAACAGAAAUUUAAAGAGAGAAUAGCAAAUAUGAAAGCCCAAACAUACCCAGUCACAAAAGCCCCAGCGCCUGGAGAAUCCAAGAUACCCGUUACAUUGUCCAAAGUUCAAAAUAUCCAGCCAUUAUCUGAGACCUGAUUCCUCUUCUCUCUAUCCUAAUACACCUUUCUUGUGAAUUUGAAAAGGUUGCCUUGAUUAGCACUUCAACCUGGGUUUGUAGUGCGGCAGUUCUGCACUCAGCAGAAAAAGAAGCAGGCAGGGAGGAAAAAAACCUAUUUUGAUAGGAACUACAGGAAUGAUAAGGAAGUGAAGAUUUAGCCAUCACUGGUUUCAGUAAAGCAUUAUCGUGUAUGUUGUGAAGGGUUUGUUUUUUUAAAAAGUGAACAGAAUCAUUUAGGUUCUGGUUCAUUCUUCUCCACUUAUCUCUUCCUUGUUACAUAUUUUAUUCCUUUUAAAUAAUGAAUAUGUCUGUCUGUUUAGUGUGAACAAUUUAAAUCGUAUCCUGUUCAAAAAGAACUGUCAGAGUCCCACAAAAACGCUGUGUGUGUGUGUAUCAGACAGUAGAAAGCAGGCAAUUUCUGUUUCUAUUAGACAUGUUUAUUCUCCUGGAGAGCAAGCAGAAGCACACCUUGUGCAAACAUUAAAAAAAAGCCAUCAUAUGCAUGUGAUUCUAUUUUUUUUAAUACCCAAAGCUUUCUAUCCAUUCUAAAUUUAGAAAUUUAAACCCCUUUAUCUUUGGCCUUCAAAGCUUCUUCCUAUUGCAAUUGUGAUUUUUCAGCUUGCCAUUCUUUUGAGAAGGGAACACAAUUUGCUUGUGUUUUGUAUUUCAGAGAGGCUUAAUACUGUUUUAAAGACAUAGAAAACCUCACUCCCCAAACCAGAAAACUACAGUCACUUCCUCUUGCAGCCAGCUCUUUGCUUCACCAUGCAAAUUCAUUCCCAGUAGCAAGUGGCAGUGCCAUUUUUAAGUCAAAAUACAUAAUAUUGAAGGCCAGUUAUUUUAUCAUAUUUAUCAAAAGCUCAUCUUUUUAAAGAGAUUACAAUUUUUUAAUCAUUGAAACAAAGGCUGCAUCAAACCGAUUUCUUCUGGGGUCAUUCUCAAUCCCUCAGCCAACAUAUAUCUUUAUUUUUUUUUAACUCUUCGUUUCUAUUAACAUUCACCAAGGCUAUAAUGAAAGGUACCCAAUAUUUAGCAUGAUCAGUUGCAGGUCUGGCCUUGAGCCCUUAUGAAGAAGAAAAAACAAGGCCUGGUUAUGCUAGACAGGGUGCACAGGUUUACUAGAACAAGGUAAGGGCAAUAAAAAUCUCAUCCCAGGCAUUUGGAUGUGUACAUAGAGCUCUUAUACUGUACAUAGGCAUAUGGAAAUUCUUCCUUUUAAUGUCAUGGUCAUCAAAGACAUACUACAACAGCAUCAAAUAAUCAGAAGAGCAAGAACCAGAACUUUGUAUCUCCCUCGACAUCCAAAGCAGUAAAAGAGGGAGUAAAGAAGAAGAAUGUCCCAUACAUACAUACAUACAUACAUACAUACAUAUAUACAUACAUACAUACAUACCUGCAUACACAGAGAGAGAAAGCCAGAGCAAGAUUGGCCUACUUCAUUUGUGAACCACCAUCAACAUCCCUAUUCGUGAUUUGUUAUUAAUUUCAGCAGGACUGUUGUAGGAAAAAUGCCAGAAAGUAUCACAUUUAGUUUGAUGUCUGAGAUAUUCUUCCAUCUUCCCUUGAAUCUGUUUGAUCUUGAGUUGAAGUACCAGAUAUUACAUUUCUGAUUAAGAAAGCAAGCUUUUCCUGAAGCAGAGAGCAGCUGUGAAAAUGCUUACUCACUGUUUUACCUUGUUAUUAAAAAUAUAAAUCAUACCUGUCUCAAGAGACAGUUACUGUCAACCCUUUAAUCAAUGGAACUAAAAAAAUAACCUAUGUAAAAAUGUGAACUUUGUAUUAUUUGACAACAUGUGUUCCCCUACAAUUCCGUAUAUUUUUUCCAAUGGACUAAUAAAAUUAUUGAGAACUA